AUGGUGAGCGAGUACAAGGAGUGUCCACUCUGUAAAGAAGAACUCGUCUCCAAAUCACAUGUCAGAGAACACAUCAUAAGCCACCAAGUUGACAAAGCUUACAGUUGCGCUAAAUGUGACGACUUCUUUGCAAACUGGGGCGAUCUGAUGGAACACCUCGGCGUUCAACACAACGAGUCGUCUUACUCGGAGCGUAUUCACUGGAACAACGUCACCACCGGCGAGCUAAUAAAAAACAUCUGUGAAGACAUUUCCUCCGAUGUUUCGAACUCUGAGAGUUGCCGGUCGUCCGAUAUUUCGUGCCCCUCGCCUGACUCUGCUAUUCAAGGAUUUCUCGAUCAAAAAGCUACACCACUGGAGGACAUAUCUGAAGACAUAGAAGAGGCUGAUGUUCCCGAACGAUCGCCCGAUUCUGGCUUCAUCAUGACUUCUGGUACAGAAGCAGAUGCAAUCGACGCUGGUUCCUCUGGUUCCCCGUUUACCAGCAGAAUCAAUUUGAAGAGAACGAAACCGAUGUAUGUAAACAUCACCCGGCUGGAUCCAUCAAAAGACUACGUCGAUGGUGCAAGCAAAAAAGGAGCGGUGAGACGUGUGUCUACGCAGGAAAAGAACAGGAUUGACGAGGAAGUACUCGAUAUUUUCAACGAGUCGCAAGGUUCGCCAGAAGCUCUUUCUCGUCCUGACACUCCGAUCGAAACGGUCAUCGCUGAAGAGAGUGAAAAAGAAAACAUCGAGCCAUCACUGGGAGAAAAAGAAAAGCCUGUAUCACAGCCCGAGCCAGUCCAAUCUGCUGAUAGUCCUCUACCUGCUCUAGAACCAGUUGAGGAUCAACUGGAAAAUGCUCCUCAAGCAGAAGUAAAAGAAGAACCAGUGGAUGAGAAUGAGCAACAUUCUGAGUCACCAGAGCCAGAAAUCGAAGUCAACUACAGCGAAGGAGAUAUCGUCUGGGUCUGGAUGAAAAAAUUCCCCAUUUGGCCAGCCCUUAUUUCUAGAUCGCCAGUAGAAGAAGGAGGGGACUUUGUGCGCUUGGUGAAGGGACUGAAAAAGGGAACGGAUGAAAUGGUGAAGAACUACCACUGCCAAUUCUUCGGCGAUCGAACUGAGCGAGCAUGGAUGACUGGAAAUGCGAUUGUGAAUUGGGAAGAGAACAUGGAGCCGCUGGAUCAAUUCACGAAAAUCACAGAAGCUAUCAUCAACAAGAUCCACAAGGCCUACAAGAAAAAGGAGCGCUCAAAGCAGCUGUUGACCGUGAAAAGAAAGUUGACAAAAACACAAGAAGGCAGUUUUGAAAAGGCAAUCGAAGAGGUCAAAGAUGCACUGGCAAUCGAAAACAUAGAUGAUAGAAUUGAAAAAUGGGGCAUCCAAUACAUCGAUGAAGAGGACAUCAGAGAGUUCAAGCGAGUGAGGGAUGCGGAGAGGCGAAAGAGCGAACCGAAAAAGACCGUCACGAAGAAAAAAAGCAUCUUGCCAAAGACGGUCAUCACGCGUUUCGAUGAGCUUGAUUGGGCAGAAAGCGCGGAAGAGCGAAAUCCAACUCUACUCGUUGACGAGAGAAGAAUGAACGAUCACAGAAGAGUCGAGGCUGUACCUGUUCUUAUGUCUCACCCAGAGAGGAAGGAGUACAAGCCCGUGAUGCAUGAGACACGAACGAUUACAAAGGAACUCGCUGAGCGGGCAAUUUCGACACUGUUCCGAAAAACCAAGCGAUCUCAGCAGAAGGAAUCGCCCGUGAAGCCUUUGAAAAAGAAACCAGCUGAAAAAGAAGACGUCGUCGGUUCCAAAGGCGAUCACAAAAACGUGUGCGUCGACUGCGAAGAGCCGAGUACCGAAGAGAUGGGAGGACAUUUCUGCCGCGUUUGCAAGCAAUUCUUCCACGAAUUGUGUCAGAGCAAUGAGAAAGAAAGUGUUGUCUUUAUUUGUCGCAAGUGCAAGGAUGGGAAGUACAGUUGCUUUGAGUGUAAUAUGGAGAUAUCGGAUGAGGACGCCGUGCAAGAUCCAAGUCUAGCCAUAGCAUGGUGUCCAGUCGAAGAUUGCGGCAAGGUCUAUCACAGGCACUGCCUUGAAGAUAACAAAUAUUCGACACCAUUUUCCUCCAAAGAGUCAUCCGAGCAAAGUUACAAAUGCCCACAUCACAACUAUUCGCUGAAGCUAACCUCAAGUUCAAAAGGAAAAAUGUUCAAAUGCAUUCGAUGCCCAACUGCCUAUCAUUUUAACGCUGAGAACAAAAAAGACAAAGAUGAUGAAUGUGUUCCUGCUGGUAGCGUGCUCAUUGCUGGGACGAGCAUUAUUUGUCCAAAGCACUUCAAUCGACGGAAGGAUAAGAAGAGCCAUCGACAGAUCCACGUCAAUAAUUGCUUCCACUGCUUUGAAGGAGGUAAUCUGAUCAUUUGCGACCGAUGUCCGGCUGCCUAUCACGAGGCUUGUCUCGAGAGCCCUCCUAACUCCGAUGGGGCCUGGUUCUGUCCGGAUUGCGAGAAGGGAUCGACAAUUCAUUACAACGAUAUUGUCUGGGCAAAGAUCGGUAACUAUCGCUGGUGGCCGUCCGAAGUCUGCCAUCCAAAAAACAUUCCAGACAACAUCGCCAACAUAAAUCACGAAGCGGGCGAAUUUGCAGUCAAAUUCCUUGGUACCAAUGACUACUACUGGCUCAACCAGCAUCGGUGCUUUCUUUACAAGGGACUUGUGGAUAAUCCGGUUGCGUUAUUAUACCAUAAUAAUCAAGCUUUAUACAAAAUAAACGAAGAUGGCAAGGACAUUGACCGUUUAACCUAUCUCGGAGCUUUGUCUGGAAAGGGUGGCCUCAGAGACCAUUUCCGUGAGGCUCUUAUUGUGGCGGAGAACUUGUUCGACGAAAGAAGAGGCAUCAAAUCCUCUGGUGGAUCUCUUCCUUUCCAAAAGAUCAUUAAGAAUGUCGUUCACCAGAGUUUCCCCGACAAUCUGAAGCAAGCAAUCAAAAAGAGAAUAGAGUACAACCUAUCAGAGACCGAAAUCUGUGAGUGUCACAAGCGCGGGAACAUGUGCGACGAAGACUGCCAAAAUCGCCAGCUCCAAAACGAGUGCUCCUCGAAGUGUCCCAACGGAGACAAGUGCCAGAACCGUCGAUUCACCAAGCGCCAGUACCCGCCUCUUCAGAAGUUCACUACCACUUGGGGCGGGAAUGGACUCAAGGCGAAGAAACUCAUCUCGAAGGGUACUUUUAUCAUCGAGUACGUCGGCGAAAUCAUUUCGCACGAGGAGUCGAGGAUCCGUCUCGCAAAUUCGGCAAAGAUCGGCGUCACUAAUUAUUAUAUUCUCGAGCUCGAUAAUUUGCGGAUGAUCGACGCUGGUCCAAGGGGAAACAUAGCCAGGUUUAUCAACCACUCUUGCGACCCGAACUGCUGCAUUGACCCUUGGAUUGUUCAAGGAGACACUAGAAUUGGAAUCUUCGCAACGCGAGACAUCCAAGAAGGCGAAGAACUGACCUUCAACUACCAACUCCAGCAGUCGUCCGAGGAAGGCAAGACAAAAUGCCUCUGCAACAGCAAAAACUGCGCCGGCUACAUUGGCGACAAGGUCAAAAACGAGAAGCCAGAGUCAUCGCAGAACUCGAAGAAGUCGAAGUCCUCGAAAAAGCGCAAGCAAGCUUCGAGGAACUCGACCGCCGCCGAUACGAGCAUUUCACAAGUCACAAAGAAGAGGAAACUUGCGUAA